UAUAUAUAUUUAUUGUUUUGAUAAAAUAAUUUUGUAUAAAAUAUUUUAAUAAUAGUUUAAAAAAAAAACUUAAUUGUGUAGGUUGAACACGUGGUCUUAAACUUAACCUCAAAGCGAAAACAAAAAAGAUGGGUCAUCGUAAAAAGAAGGGACGUUGUGUUAAACGAAACAAACAACUAAAUACAGAAGAGAAGCCUGAAUUAGUAAAUGCUCCUCAUUCAUUUGUAAUUCAUCGUGGUUUACCAGGAGAACACAUAAUAGAAUUAACUAAAGAUUUUCGUAGAGUUAUGGAACCUUUCACUGCUACUUCAUUGAAAGCUCGGAAACGUAAUAGUAUUAAGGAUUUUGUAUCAGUUGCUAGUGUUUUCCAUGUUAGUCAUUUAUGUAUGUUUACAAGAACAGAGCUUGGAAUGUAUCUUAAACUCUGCAAGUUACCCAGAGGACCGUCGCUUACCUUUAAAGUACAUAAUUUCUCUUUAGCAAAAGAUGUAGUAUCUGCUUUAAAAAAACAAAUGGUUUUCGAAGAAGCUUUUAAACAUUCUCCUUUAAUCGUAUUAAAUAACUUUAGUGGCGAGGGUAUGCAGUUAAAAUUAAUAGCUUCGAUGUUUCAAAACAUGUUCCCGACAAUAAACUUAACCAAUGUUGACUUAAGUACUAUUCGUCGUUGUGUAUGUUUAAAUUAUAAUACAACUACAAAAACAAUUGACUUUAGACAUUAUGCCAUUAAAGUUGUACCCGUUGGUUUGUCUAAGAGUGUAACAAAAUUAGUAAGAGCUAAAAUACCAAAUCUUUCAAAGUGUCAAGACUUUUCAGAAUUUCUAACCAAGUCGACAGUGUCUGAAAGCGAAGCUGAAGAUGAUCCUAAUAGUCACGUUACAUUACCACAGAAAUUAUCUUCUCGAGGAAAUCAUGAAAACGCAACUAGUGCUAUUAGACUUUCAGAAUUAGGACCAAGGAUUACGUUACAAUUAAUGAAAGUAGAAAGUGGACUUCUUGAUGGUGAAGUUUUGUACCAUGAAUUUAUUCAUAAAACUGAAGAAGAAAAACUUCAAAUACAGAAGAAACGAGAUGAGAAGAAAAAACUUAAAGAGAAAAGAAAAAAGAUACAAGAGGAAAAUAAAAAGAAAAAGGAAUUGAAAAAAGAAGAACUUAAAGAAAAAUCAAUGAAGGGAAUGCAUAAGAAGAAAGAAGUGGUGGAAGAAAGCGUUGUAGAAGAAGAUGACGAUGCUCAAUAUUAUCGAGAAGAAGUUGGAGAAGAACCUGAAAAGGAAUUAUUUGAAGGAAAGGUUGGUCAAAAAAGGCGACAUAAGUUUGUACCAAGGUACAAACCAAAAAAAUUCAAAAGAAAUACAUCCGAAAAUGAAUAACUAAUAGAUUUUUAUAAAAUAUAAAAACAAAAAAUAAUGUAGGCUAAUAA